UCGGUGAGGGAGAGGGAGACGCAGAGCGACUGUAUUCAGUCUGAACUCGCUCAUGUUUGAGUUUGUUUCCUCUACGCCGGUCAAGAUGAAGCUGUGUUUGGUUCUCGUCUGGUCAGCUGUUCUCUCCACAGAGGCUAAAAUUGUGCACAAGGACAUUACAGUGAGCCUGUGCUCUGAUACCUUCCGAGAAUACAUGUAUGGACUUGAUGAAGAAGAGAAGUACCACUCUGACUUCGCCAAGGGGGAGGGGGUGAUGACGCUGCCGGACUUCGCAGAUCCGUUCUUAUAUCCAGUGGGAUUCUAUCAGCUGAGUCUCGGUGACAUGGAAGUCUGUCAAAACAACCUGGACUUCUGUGCAAAAAGAUUCAAUUAUCCAGCAGAACCCAAAGAUGCCCCCCAGAGCUCCAUCUACUCCAAAGACGACGUGGAGCUGGGCUCUAAAAACACCCUCGUCUGUUACAUCACUGGAUUUUACCCUCCUCAUGUUGGAGUUUUAUGGACCAAGAACAACGUAAAUAUUACGGAUGGAGCUUCUCUCAGCAGAUAUUACAUGAACGGUGAUGGAACCUACAAAGCAGUCUCCACUCUGAGCUUCACUCCAGAGGAGGGCGACAUCUACACCUGCACUGUGGAGCACACGGCCCUGGACAGACCACUGACCAAAACAUGGGAUAUGCGGGUCACUCAGCCCAGGAUGGGUCCGACUGUGUUCUGUGGAGUGGGUCUGGCUGCAGGACUGCUGGGAGUCGCUGUUGGAACUUUCUUCCUCGCCAAAGGAAGCAACUGUAACUGAGAAUCAGGCCGUAAACUUUACAACAAAGCAGUGGCAAACCAUUAUAGCUGGGCCUUCACCAUUAAAGCUAUGAAAACAAAGCCUGCCUUUAGAAUAAUGCGUAUUUCUACUAGCCCCCCUGUGGGGGGUUUAAUGACAUGUGAGCACUUAGCUAAUACUAAUACACCUUAAUAUUCUCUGACUGUUCUAGAUUAUACACGGGCUUUUGAAGCUUGGAAAAGACAUUAACGUAUAUGUUAAGCUCGUUUGUAUCAGUGUUACAGUGACUCUUUCAGGAAAGACUCCAGGCAUAGAGCUGUCACCACUGUUAUCUAUUCCCAACGCCCAUCUCAAACCUGCUUAGACUGUGAGGCAUAUCGCUGUUGUCGGAAGAAAACAUCGUAUCUCCAAAAUGUUAACUUCACAGCAGAAGGAAAAAACCUGUUUUGUUUUUCAUGUAAGUCAAUGGAA